UCUCGUUAUUCGUGUCCGAACUUCGCCAUCGCCUUUCAACGCAGCAAGAUGCUCUGGUUUCCGAACUCUUCGUCGGAACUCUUCACCUGUACUGGGAGACGAGUCACUCCGGUGGUCAGGCCGCUGCAGCAGCAGGUUGCACUGUCCGUCCUCCCUCAGUCGACCCUCUGCAGAGAACUCGCUGCCAUUAAAUGCAGACGGUGGCGUCUCUGCGAGCUAGCGCUACAGCGACUUGGGCUGCCAAACAUUGGCAACAGCUGCUACAUGAACGUGGUCCUGCAAAGUCUGCUGUCGCUGGAGCCCUUCAUGCGGGAGGUGCAGAACCAGGCCUGCACCAAUGCCAUGAUCUUUGAUCAGACUUUCAUCAGUUCGUUCAUCAGGGUGGCAAAGUCGCGUCUUUACGGAGACUCGGCUGAAAAGCUGUCGGCUGUGUCGCAUUUCAAAAAUUCCAUCGGCGCCCUGAACUCUCACUUCUUUGAUGACCACCAAAAGAGUGCCCAGAAAUGCCUCCUCACCAUCCUCAGCAGCUGGGAAGGCUUCUCGACCAACAUGAAGAUGGCUGCCGGUCGCCUCGGGAUGAACUACAAAUGUCCAGUGGGGACAAACAUUGCGUUUGAAGCCCUGCGCAGCAGCUCCUGCAAACGAUGUGGAUGGCAACGGAAGGUGAAGUCCCACGAGGUGUUUCUCUCGCUUCAGACUGCCGACUCAGUGAGUCAGGCUCUUGGAAAUGUCCUGAAUGAGAGGCCUGCAGACGUUCGAUGCAGGCGCUGUGGGAGUCACCUGACUGAUCGAUUGUCUUUCAGCACUCUCCCAAACGUGUUGAUCCUGAGCCUGUGCCGGGUCCGACGCACGGCCUCAAGACGGUUCAUCAAGGUUCCUACAGCCGUCCAUUUAUGCCAGGACCUGCAGGUGGCAACGCUGCACAAAGAACAGGCUCAAUACAAGCUGGUGACGAUUGUCAACCGCCUUGGUUCCACCAGUCAUGAAGGCCACUACAGCUGCGACACCAUGCUGAAGGACAAUACUCCUCGCUGGCUCACCUUCGAUGACGACAAAGUGGAGGUGCAACCUUCUUCUCUCCUGGCUGAAAGACGGCAGACUGCACUCCUUUUAUUUUACGUCAAGAGCUAAUGACUGAAUGACUAAUGAAAGCUCUGACAACACCGGUCCAUGUAUAUAUCUAAAUAGCCAAUAAAUACAGU